CUCUCCUUUCCGAUGAGUUCUUAUUUUGUCAACUCGACCUUCCCGGUGAGCCUGGCGGCGGGGCAGGAGCCCUUCCUGGGACAGAUCCCGCUGUACCCCUCGGGCUACGCGGACCCUCUGCGGCACUACCCCGGCACCUAUGGAGCGUCGGGCGCGCAGGACAAGCCCUACUCCUCCUCUCCCUACUACCAGCAGAGCUCGGCGGCGUUCGGCGGCCGAGCCUCCGCCUGUGACUACGGGCCCGGCGGAUUUUUCAGGGACAAGGAGCCCUCGGUGCCCCCCGGCAGCCUGGACGAGCCCUUCGGCCCCGAGGCGCGCAAGGAUUGCGCGCAGAGCAAAAGCGCGUUCGGAGAGAGCGAGGAGCAAAAGUGUUCCGCGCCGGUUUACCCCUGGAUGCAGCGGAUGAACUCUUGCAAUAGUUCUUCCUUCGGGCCCAGCGGGCGCCGAGGCCGCCAGACCUACACCAGGUACCAAACCCUGGAAUUGGAGAAGGAAUUUCACUUCAAUCGCUACCUGACCCGGCGCAGGAGGAUCGAGAUCGCUCACUCGCUGUGCCUGACCGAGCGCCAGAUCAAAAUCUGGUUCCAGAACCGCCGCAUGAAGUGGAAAAAGGAGAACAAACUGCUCAACUCCUCGCAGCUCAGCGCGGAGGAGGAGGAGGAGAAAGCGGCCGAGUGA